AUGUGUGAUUUCUUGUCUCAAAAUAACAUAGAUGAGCAGGUGAAUGUCUUAAAAUCUAAAAAGAGUUCUUCUACUCGUUAUGGUGGUCCUCAAGAUUAUUGUGAUGAUGAGGAAGAAUAUGAAGAAGAAGAAGAAGAUGAGCAAGAAGAUGAGGAUGAGGAAGAAAAGAGACGUGUUGCUGAACGUGAACGUAAGAAGGAAGAGGUACGUAAACGUUUAAUGGAAGCUUCACGUGCUAAAAAAGCUAAAAAAGGUUUUUUAACACCUGAACGUAAAAAGAAACUUCGUAAACUUUUGAUGGAGAAAGCUGCUGAAGACUUGAAACAACAACAAAUGCUUCGUGAACAGGAACGCCAACGUGUCUUACAAGAAAGAAUUAUUCCACUUCCAGAUAUUGAUGGUAUGGAUGAUGAUGAAAUACUUGAAUCAGCCAAAGAAUUUGUUGAACGUAUCAAACAACUUGAAUCCGAUGUUUAUGAUCUUAACUAUUUUGUUAGACAAAAAGAUUUUGAAAUUAAUGAGUUAACUAUUGCUGUUAACGAUUUAAGAGGUAAAUUCGUCAAACCCACACUUAAGAAAGUUUCCAAAACAGAUAAUAAAUUUGAUAAGCUUAAGAAGAAAGAAACAGCUAAGGUUGAUUUUCGAUCCAAUCUCAAAACAGUCGAGUCUAACAAAUUCGCAAUGGAAGAGGAAAAAGAAAAGGAGAAGCUCGAAUGGGCAAAAUAA